GCCCUGGGGUGGCGGGGCGAGGCCGAGCCCUCGGCCGGGGGACGGCCCCGCAUGGAAGCGGGCGGGCGCCACCCUGUCACUUCAGGCGGCGUUGCGUAAUCUCCCCUGAGCGGGUGGGCGCCGGCCCGCGGCGGCGUGCGGCUCCCCAGCGGGAGGCAGCGGCUCCGCGCCUCGGCGCCGUCCCUCACGCCGCCGCGGUGGCAGCGCGGCCCCCGUGCACCUGCUCACCUGUCUCCCGGCCGGCUGGGGGGGCCCGGCCCGGCCACUCCCCCCGACGGGCUCGGCGCAGGCGCCCUAGCGGCUACCGCAGGCAGGGGGCGGCAACAUGGCGGCGUGAGCGGCGGCGGUUUCGGCUCCACAACAACAGCGGCAGCGGCGAUCGCUCGCGCCACCGUCAGCUCCGCGCGCCGCUCGCCUCCGCCGGGCCGCUCCGCUCCGCGCUCGGCGGCGCCCGCUCCUCCUGCCCCGCGGCGGGGAGGCGGCCCCGGCUGGGCAGCCUUCGGCUAACGGGGCAUCGGCGCCCAUAAUAAUCCCUCAUUAUAGCGGAGCGGGGGAGCGGCUCCUGGGACGGUGCCUGCGCCUCGGGCCGGCUCCCUGCGGCCCCGCCGGGUGCGACUGCGGUGGAUGCGCGACUCGGCCCGGCCGGGCGGGGAGGCGGCGGCGGCAGGUGCCGGUAACGGUGGGGGGUAAAUGGCGAGCGAGAAGCCGGUGUCGGGGCCGGACCCACAGCCCGUAGGACUCAUCUCCGUCGGGGCCGGCGGUGGAGGCGGCGGCGGAGGCGGCAGCAGCGUCGCGGUGAUGGGGGAGCUGAGGGCGUCGGGCUCCGGGUCCGUAGUGCUCCCCGCGGGGAUGAUUAACCCGUCGGUGCCGAUCCGCAAUAUCCGGAUGAAAUUCGCCGUCCUCAUCGGACUCAUCCAGGUCGGGGAGGUCAGCAACCGGGACAUCGUGGAGACGGUGCUGAACCUGCUGGUUGGUGGCGAAUUUGAUCUAGAGAUGAACUUUAUAAUCCAGGAUGCAGAGAGCAUUACGUGCAUGUCAGAGCUUUUGGAGCACUGUGAUGUAACGUGCCAAGCAGAAAUCUGGAGUAUGUUCACAGCAAUUCUGCGUAAAAGUGUCCGUAAUUUACAGACUAGCACGGAAGUUGGCUUAAUUGAACAGGUACUGCUGAAGAUGAGUACUGUGGACGACAUGAUUGCAGAUCUUCUAGUUGAUAUGUUGGGGGUUCUUGCCAGCUACAGCAUCACUGUCAAAGAGUUGAAGCUUUUGUUCAGCAUGCUUCGAGGCGAAAAUGGAAUCUGGCCAAGACACGCGGUUAAAUUGUUAUCAGUCCUUAAUCAGAUGCCACAGAGACAUGGGCCCGAUACCUUUUUCAACUUUCCAGGCUGUAGUGCUGCAGCAAUUGCAUUGCCUCCUAUUGCUAAGUGGCCUUAUCAAAAUGGGUUUACUCUGAACACCUGGUUUCGUAUGGAUCCACUAAACAAUAUCAAUGUAGAUAAGGAUAAACCCUAUCUUUAUUGUUUCCGCACUAGCAAAGGUGUUGGGUAUUCUGCUCAUUUUGUUGGCAACUGCUUAAUAGUUACAUCACUGAAAUCAAAAGGCAAAGGCUUCCAGCACUGUGUGAAGUAUGAUUUUCAGCCACGCAAGUGGUACAUGAUAAGCAUCGUACACAUCUAUAAUCGAUGGAGAAACAGUGAAAUACGAUGUUACGUGAAUGGUCAGCUGGUAUCCUAUGGUGACAUGGCCUGGCAUGUUAACACGAAUGAUAGCUAUGAUAAAUGUUUUCUUGGCUCUUCGGAGACUGCUGAUGCUAAUAGAGUGUUCUGUGGCCAGCUUGGAGCCGUGUAUGUAUUCACUGAAGCACUCAACCCAGCACAGAUUUUUGCAAUACAUCAGUUAGGAUCUGGAUAUAAGAGCACAUUUAAGUUUAAAUCUGAGAGUGACAUUCAUCUGGCUGAGCACCAUAAACAAGUGCUAUAUGAUGGGAAACUUGCAAGUAGCAUUGCUUUUACUUAUAAUGCGAAGGCUACUGAUGCCCAACUAUGCCUCGAAUCCUCACCAAAGGAAAAUCCUUCAAUUUUUGUACACUCCCCCCAUGCUCUUAUGCUUCAGGAUGUGAAAGCUAUCGUAACCCACUCCAUUCACAGUGCAAUUCAUUCCAUUGGAGGGAUCCAAGUUCUUUUCCCUCUCUUUGCCCAGUUAGACAAUCGACAGCUGCACGACAGUCAGGUGGAAACAACAGUUUGUGCUACCCUAUUGGCUUUCUUGGUUGAGCUUCUUAAGAGUUCAGUAGCCAUGCAAGAACAAAUGCUUGGUGGAAAAGGCUUUCUAGUCAUUGGCUACCUCCUUGAAAAGUCAUCUAGAGUUCAUAUAACCAGAGCAGUUCUGGAACAAUUUUUGUCGUUUGCGAAAUAUUUGGAUGGAUUAUCUCAUGGAGCACCUCUACUGAAGCAAUUAUGUGAUCACAUCCUUUUUAAUCCUGCUAUCUGGAUACAUACCCCUGCUAAGGUGCAGCUGUCUUUGUAUACCUAUUUGUCAGCCGAGUUCAUUGGAACUGCUACGAUCUAUAACACUAUACGCAGAGUAGGAACAGUACUGCAGUUAAUGCACACACUGAAAUACUACUACUGGGUGAUUAAUCCUGCUGAUAGCAGUGGCAUUACUCCUAAAGGAUUAGAUGGUCCUCGGCCCUCACAGAAAGAAAUCGUAUCACUAAGGGCAUUUAUGCUUCUGUUUUUGAAACAACUUAUAUUGAAGGAUCGAGGAGUGAAAGAAGAUGAACUGCAGAGCAUAUUAAAUUACUUAUUAACAAUGCAUGAGGAUGAAAAUAUUCAUGAUGUUCUGCAGCUGCUAGUGGCACUAAUGUCCGAACAUCCAGCAUCCAUGAUACCUGCCUUUGAUCAGAGAAAUGGGAUACGAGUAAUUUAUAAAUUAUUGGCUUCCAAAAGUGAGAGUAUAUGGGUGCAAGCUUUGAAGGUCCUUGGAUAUUUUCUUAAACACUUGGGUCAUAAGCGAAAGGUUGAAAUCAUGCAUACUCACAGUCUGUUCACACUUCUUGGAGAAAGGUUGAUGCUGCAUACAAAUACAGUGACCAUUACAACAUAUAACACGCUUUAUGAGAUUUUGACAGAACAAGUAUGCACUCAAGUUGUUCAUAAACCACAUCCAGAGCCAGACUCUACAGUGAAAAUUCAGAAUCCAAUGAUUCUUAAGGUGGUGGCAACGCUGCUAAAAAACUCCACACCAAGUGCAGAGCUGAUGGAAGUUCGACGUUUGUUCUUAUCUGAUAUGAUAAAACUCUUUAGUAAUAGCCGUGAAAACAGAAGAUGUUUACUUCAGUGUUCAGUGUGGCAGGACUGGAUGUUUUCUCUGGGAUACAUUAACCCUAAGAACUCUGAGGAACAGAAGAUCACAGAGAUGGUUUACAACAUUUUCCGUAUUCUCUUGUAUCAUGCAAUAAAAUAUGAAUGGGGAGGCUGGAGAGUGUGGGUGGAUACUCUUUCUAUAGCUCAUUCCAAGGUCACAUAUGAGGCUCACAAGGAGUAUCUGGCAAAAAUGUACGAAGAGUAUCAACGACAAGAGGAAGAAAACAUAAAAAAGGGGAAGAAGGGGAACGUGAGCACUAUCUCAGGUCUUUCCUCUCAGACAACGGGAGCAAAAGGUGGAAUGGAAAUUCGAGAGAUAGAAGACCUUUCACAGAGCCAAAGUCCAGAAAGUGAAACAGAUUACCCUGUUAGUACAGAUACGAGGGACUUGCUCAUGACUACAAAAGCGUCAGAUGAUGUUCUUGGAAGUGCUGAGCGACCAGGAGGAGGAGUGCAUGUGGAAGUUCAUGACCUUUUAGUUGAUAUAAAAGCUGAAAAGGUAGAAGCUACUGAAGUAAAACUUGAUGAUAUGGAUUUAUCACCAGAGACGCUGGUAACUGGAGAAAAUGGUGCACUUGUAGAAGUCGAAUCUCUUCUAGAUAAUGUAUAUAGCGCUGCUGUUGAGAAGCUGCAAAACAAUGUUCAUGGAAGUGUGGGUAUUAUUAAGAAGAAUGAGGAAAAAGAUAACGGUCCAUUAAUAACUCUGGCGGAUGAGAAAGAUGAACCUUCUACUAACAGUACUUCAUUUCUCUUUGAUAAAAUACCUAGUCAAGAGGAGAAACUUCUACCUGAACUUUCAAGUAAUCACAUUUCCAUUCCAAAUGUGCAAGAGACGCAGAUGCAUCUUGGUGUAAAUGAUGAUUUGGGAUUGCUUGCACAUAUGACGGGUAGUGUAGAUAUAACAUGUUCUUCAAGUAUAAUAGAGGACAAGGAGUUCAAAAUUCACACAACCUCAGAUGGAAUGAGUAGCAUUUCUGAGAGGGAGUUGGCUUCAUCAUCUAAAGGAUUAGAAUAUGCUGAAAUGACUGCCACAACUCUUGAGACAGAGUCUUCUGGUAGCAAAACUGUACCUAGUGUUGAUGCAGGAAGUAUAAUAUCAGAUACAGAAAGAUCUGAUGAUGGUAAGGAAGCAGGAAAGGAGAUACGGAAGAUCCAGACAACUACCACAACCCAGGCAGUACAGGGUCGAUCCGUCACCCAGCAAGACCGGGAUUUACGUGUUGACUUGGGAUUUCGAGGAAUGCCAAUGACAGAAGAGCAGCGACGACAGUUUAGUCCAGGUCCACGCACAACUAUGUUUCGUAUCCCAGAGUUUAAAUGGUCUCCCAUGCACCAGCGGCUCCUGACAGACUUGCUUUUUGCACUAGAAACCGAUGUACAUGUUUGGAGAAGUCAUUCCACAAAGUCUGUGAUGGACUUUGUCAAUAGCAAUGAAAAUAUUAUUUUUGUACACAACACAAUACACCUCAUUUCCCAGAUGGUAGACAAUAUUAUUAUUGCUUGUGGAGGAAUUUUACCAUUGCUGUCAGCAGCCACAUCCCCAACUGGUUCUAAGGUUAGUAUUGCUGCUACCGAAUUGGAAAAUAUUGAAGUGACACAAGGAAUGUCAGCAGAGACAGCAGUGACUUUUCUCAGCCGUCUGAUGGCAAUGGUCGAUGUACUAGUAUUUGCCAGCUCUCUAAAUUUUAGUGAGAUUGAAGCUGAAAAAAACAUGUCUUCUGGAGGUCUAAUGCGACAGUGCCUAAGGCUCGUUUGUUGUGUGGCUGUGAGAAACUGCUUAGAAUGUCGGCAAAGGCAGAGAGAGAGAGUGAACAAGACGUCGUUAAUCAGCAGUAAAACUCAAGAUGCUCUUCAGGGUGUAACUGCAUCAGCAGCAACCAAGACUCCCCUUGAAAAUGUCCCUGGCAAUCUUUCUCCUAUAAAAGACCCUGAUAGGCUUCUUCAGGAUGUUGAUAUUAAUCGUCUACGAGCAGUUGUUUUUCGUGAUGUGGACGACAGCAAACAGGCUCAGUUCUUAGCUUUGGCGGUAGUCUACUUUAUUUCUGUUCUGAUGGUCUCCAAAUAUCGUGAUAUACUAGAACCACAACGAGAAACCGCAAGGUCUGGGAGCCAGGCAGGUAGAAAUAUCAGACAAGAAAUAAAUUCACCAACAAGUACAGUUGUGGUCAUACCAUCUAUCCCUCACCCAAGUUUGAACCAUGGAUUCCUUGCCAAGUUAAUUCCUGAGCAGAGCUUUGCCCACUCAUUUUACAAAGAGACACCAACUGUAUUUCCAGAAAAUAUCAAAGAUAAAGAAACACCGACACCAGUUGAAGAUAUUCAGCUGGAAGGCUCUAUUCCUCACACAGAUUCUGGAAUUGGAGAUGAACAGAUGCCCAAUAUUUUGAAUGGGACAGACUUGGAGACCAGCACAGGCCCUGAUGCUAUGAGCGAGCUAUUGUCUACUUUGUCUUCGGAAGUGAAGAAAUCUCAGGAGAGCUUAACAGAAAGCCCCAGUGAAAUCCUGAAACCUGCAUCAUCAAUAUCCAGUAUCAGCCAAAGUAAAGGCAUUAAUGUCAAGGAAAUACUGAAAAGUCUUGUGGCAGCCCCCGUUGAAAUUGCAGAAUGUGGUCCGGAUCCGAUCCCUUACCCAGAUCCUGCACUGAAGAGAGAAGCUCACGCUAUUCUUCCCAUGCAGUUUCACUCAUUUGACAGGAGCGUGGUGGUACCAGUAAAGAAACCCCCUCCAGGUAGUCUGGCCGUUACCACAGUUGGAGCUACCACAGCUGGGAGUGGACUGCCACCGGGUAGUACACCUAAUAUAUUUGCUGCAACAGGAGCUACACCAAAAAGUAUGAUUAAUACAACAGGUGCAGUAGACUCAGGAUCUUCUUCUUCCUCUUCGUCAUCCAGCUUUGUAAAUGGUGCUACCAGCAAAAAUCUCCCAGCUGUCCAAACUGUCGCUCCAAUGCCAGAGGAUUCAGCUGAAAACAUGAGUAUCACUGCAAAGCUUGAAAGAGCCUUAGAAAAGGUGGCCCCUCUCCUGCGAGAAAUUUUUGUUGAUUUUGCCCCUUUCCUAUCCCGAACAUUGUUGGGCAGUCAUGGACAAGAGCUGUUGAUUGAAGGUCUGGUUUGUAUGAAGUCGAGUACUUCAGUGGUUGAACUUGUUAUGCUGCUUUGUUCACAGGAAUGGCAAAAUUCUAUUCAGAAGAAUGCAGGACUUGCAUUUAUCGAGCUCAUCAAUGAAGGAAGAUUAUUGUGUCAUGCAAUGAAAGACCACAUAGUGCGUGUUGCAAAUGAAGCAGAAUUUAUUUUGAACCGACAAAGAGCUGAAGAUGUCCACAAGCAUGCUGAGUUUGAGUCGCAGUGUGCUCAGUAUGCUGCUGACAGAAGGGAGGAGGAGAAGAUGUGUGAUCAUCUUAUCAGCGCUGCUAAGCAUCGAGAUCAUGUUACAGCCAAUCAGCUGAAACAGAAGAUACUCAACAUACUGACAAAUAAGCAUGGUGCCUGGGGAGCUGUUUCUCACAGCCAACUGCAUGACUUCUGGCGCUUGGAUUACUGGGAAGACGAUUUGCGCCGGCGGAGGCGAUUUGUUCGCAAUGCUUUUGGGUCUACUCAUUCUGAUGCUCUCCUAAAAGCUGCUGUGGAAUAUGGCACUGAAGAGGAUGUAGUGAAGUCAAAGAAAACUUUCCGAAGUCAAGCUGUGGUAAAUCAGAAUGCAGAAACAGAGCUUAUGCUGGAAGGAGAUGAUGAUGCUGUUAGCCUGCUCCAAGAGAAGGAGAUUGACAACCUUGCAGUGUUAGCUCCUUUUCUUCCCAGACUGUUCACUUCAAGAGGCCCCGUGGUCCUCAGCACGCCGGCACAGCUCAUCGCCCCCGUGGUGGUGGCCAAGGGGACGCUCUCCAUCACCACCACGGAAAUCUACUUCGAGGUGGACGAGGAUGACUCUGCCUUCAAGAAGAUCGAUCCUAAGGUCCUUGCCUAUACAGAAGGCCUGCAUGGAAAAUGGAUGUUCAGUGAGAUUCGGGCUGUUUUUUCAAGACGUUAUCUUCUCCAGAACACAGCUUUGGAAGUGUUUAUGGCAAACAGAACUUCUGUUAUGUUUAAUUUUCCUGACCAAGCAACAGUGAAAAAAGUUGUGUACAGCUUACCACGUGUUGGAGUAGGAACCAGCUAUGGUUUGCCACAAGCCAGGAGAAUCUCUCUGGCCACUCCCCGACAGCUUUAUAAAUCCUCCAACAUGACUCAGCGCUGGCAGAGACGGGAGAUAUCUAACUUUGAAUACUUGAUGUUCCUCAACACUAUAGCAGGACGAACGUACAAUGAUCUGAAUCAAUACCCCGUAUUUCCGUGGGUUUUAACAAACUAUGAAUCUGAAGAGUUAGACCUGACCCUUCCAGGAAACUUCAGGGAUCUUUCAAAGCCUAUUGGUGCUUUGAACCCAAAGAGAGCAGUCUUCUAUGCAGAACGGUAUGAGACAUGGGAAGAUGAUCAGACUCCACCUUAUCAUUACAACACCCACUACUCUACAUCUACUUCUACAUUGGCCUGGCUUGUUCGUAUUGAGCCCUUUACAACGUUCUUUCUAAAUGCAAAUGAUGGCAAGUUUGACCACCCAGAUCGAACCUUCUCUUCGGUAGCCAGGUCUUGGAGGAACAGCCAAAGAGAUACCUCAGAUGUGAAGGAGUUAAUUCCAGAGUUUUACUACCUACCAGAGAUGUUUGUCAACAGUAAUGGCUAUAAUCUAGGAAUCAGAGAAGAUGAAAUUGCUGUGAAUGAUGUUGAUCUCCCCCCAUGGGCCAAGAAGCCUGAAGACUUCGUCCGUAUCAACAGGAUGGCCUUGGAAAGUGAGUUUGUAUCAUGUCAACUUCAUCAGUGGAUUGACCUUAUAUUUGGCUACAAGCAACGAGGACCAGAAGCAGUACGUGCACUCAACGUUUUCCACUACCUAACGUAUGAAGGCUCUGUGAACCUGGACAGUAUCACUGAUCCUGUCCUCAGGGAGGCCAUGGAGGCGCAGAUACAGAACUUUGGACAGACGCCAUCGCAGUUGCUCAUUGAGCCCCAUCCACCUCGGAGCUCUGCCAUGCACCUGUGUUUCCUUCCACAGAGCCCCCUCAUGUUUAAAGAUCAGAUGCAGCAGGAUGUCAUCAUGGUGCUGAAGUUCCCAUCAAAUUCCCCUGUCACACACGUGGCAGCCAACACGCUGCCCCACCUCACCAUUCCUGCCGUGGUGACCGUCACCUGCAGCAGGCUGUUUGCAGUCAAUCGGUGGCACAACACAGUAGGCCUUCGGGGAGCCCCAGGAUAUUCUUUGGAUCAAGCCCAUCAUCUUCCAAUCGAAAUGGAUCCAUUGAUUGCCAAUAACUCUGGUGUGAACAAACGGCAGAUCACAGACCUUGUGGAUCAGAGCAUCCAGAUCAAUGCACAUUGCUUUGUGGUCACAGCAGAUAAUCGCUACAUUCUUAUCUGUGGUUUUUGGGACAAGAGCUUUCGAGUUUAUUCUACGGAAACAGGAAAAUUAACUCAGAUUGUGUUUGGUCACUGGGAUGUCGUGACUUGCCUUGCCAGAUCAGAGUCCUAUAUCGGUGGUGAUUGCUACAUCGUGUCCGGGUCUCGUGAUGCUACAUUGCUGCUUUGGUACUGGAGUGGCCGACAUCAUAUUAUAGGUGACAAUCCAAAUAGCAGUGAUUAUCCAGCUCCUCGUGCUGUUCUAACUGGUCAUGACCAUGAAGUUGUCUGCGUGUCAGUCUGCGCAGAGCUGGGACUCGUUAUCAGUGGUGCUAAAGAAGGUCCUUGUCUGGUACACACAAUUACUGGAGAUUUGCUGAGAGCCCUGGAAGGAACAGAAAACUGCUUGUAUCCUCGCUUAAUUUCAGUAUCUAGUGAAGGUCACUGCAUCAUCUACUAUGAACGAGGACGGUUUAGCAAUUUCAGCAUUAAUGGCAAACUCUUAGCUCAGAUGGAGAUCAAUGAUUCAACCAGGGCCAUCCUCCUGAGCAGUGAUGGACAGAACCUGGUGACAGGGGGAGACAACGGUGUAGUGGAAGUAUGGCAGGCCUGUGACUUCAAGCAGCUCUAUAUUUACCCUGGCUGUGAUGCUGGCAUAAGAGCUAUGGAUCUGUCUCAUGAUCAGAGAACUCUGAUUACAGGCAUGGCUUCUGGCAGCAUCGUAGCUUUUAAUAUAGAUUUUAACCGAUGGCAUUAUGAACAUCAGAACAGAUACUGAAGCGGAAUGAAGAACUGAAAGCCCAGGUAAAGCUGAGAGCACAAGUGCUGCAGUGAAAGGUGUAGUCUCUGGUGGAAAACCACGUCUGCAUUGACCUCCGUUGUACAUUCCAUUACACCCAGCAAUAGCUGUACAUUGUAGUCAGCAACCAUUUUACUUUGUGUGUUUUUUCACAACUGAACACCAGCUGCUGAAAAGCAAGCUUGUAUCAUGUAAAUUAUAUGAAUUAGGAGAUGUUUUGGUAAUUAUUUCAUAUAUCUUUGUUUAUUGAGAAAAGGUAGUAGGAUGCGCCGCAAGAGACUUUUGAAAAUUCUGGGGAACCUUGUGUCCAGUUGUUUCAAUGUUUAGGCUUUGAACCUAACAUGCAUCCCAUCUCCAGCCUCUUUUCAAGCUGAGAUAAAAAAAAAAAAUAAUACGUUUGAUACUUUGUACAUCAGAUGCACAUCUUAACUUUAAAGGGAUACUUUUGUAAAAGUAAAACCUUGUAUAAAGAACAAAACUGUUUCUUAAUUUUAUUGUGGAGUUACAACUUGCAUGUACUUUAAACCUGAUGUCUUGAAGGAACAGGUGCAUUCACACAAAUCAAACUGGAGAUUUGCCUGAGGGUACAGCUUGUGUUAAAGGGUUGAAUUUGGGCGCAAACAGUAAUUUUGACAUUUCCACCAACACAUGUUUUUCUCUUUUUGCAUCUAAACUUUACCCCUCUUAAGUGGAGUUCUGUUCAUGAAGCAUUUGGAUAAAAAGCCAUCAUUUGCCAUAUUUAUACUUUAUACAAUAGAAAUUAAAUUCCUCCCUUUUAAAUUCAAAGACUAGACAGAAAGGGAGCAAAGAGGGAAGUUCAGUUGAAUGCUUUGUAAUGCUUAAUGACUCCCAAUACAGACAAAGUGCUAUACUUCUGGAUUAUUAACAUUUGGCAUACAAACCGUGGGCGAGAGAGCCCCCAGUGAUUUUUUUCCCCUUAUUUUUCCUCUGAGCAGCUUGGUUUAUUUGACAGCCUUAGCUUCAUUGUAAAGGUGACUGAGGUUAUUCUUUUCAGUUCUUCUGAAAAUCUCACCUGAAGCCACUCAGACUAAGGCACUUCAUGUUUUACAAUACUGUAAUGAUAACUAUCGGAAUAAUUUUCUGCACAUAGUACUGAUCAAAUUACACACCCAGGGGUAUAUACACUUUAAUUCAUGUUUCUUCUUUGUAUAUUUGGUGACUGUAUUGUCAUAGAUGUACAUAUUGUGUCGGUAGGGCUAUGAGGCAUGUAACAGGAAUGUAAUUUUCUCAGAAUUUACACUCACUUGCAGUCAUUUAUUUAAAAAGAUAAUGGAUUCUUUGUAUUGGCACUUUGCACCAGAAACAUAUCAUUAUUUAUUGAUGUGAUUACUUAUUUGUUAUCCACCUUGUAUUAGUAAGUUUAGCACUGAAUUUCCUUCUUCAUUGUUGUUUGUAUUUAUAAGAUUCUGAAAUCAUGGGGAUCAACGUAAUGAUUAAGUUAUUCAUCACCCGUCUGUAAGCAAUAUCUUGAGUUUGUAGCUUAGAAUUGGGAGACUAUUGAACAUCUGGAAGACAAGUUCAUUUCAUCUUGAGAUCAUGGUGAAAUAUUUUGGAUAUAUAAAUUCCUUAAGCUAUUGUAACCAUGUUUUAUUGCAAAGAUGUAAAAUAUGCCAGAUGUGUGUGAGUUGGAAAUCAAAAAGAAAAAUAAAAUAUG